UUGGGAUUAGUAACUAUUGGAAGCGAUAGAACCACCCUCCAAAGGCUACACAGGUAGGUACCAUCGUGCAGUGAAAUAUUAAAACCUAGUAUGCGUACACGGGCUUAGCUAGCUGUUCAUCUAUCCCUGAUUUUCCAUCACCCAACGUGCUGUGGCGUGUCUUUAUCUUCUAUCGGCCUUGCUAUCUUUCUCAGAAAUAUGUCGGGUACUAAUACUAGUCGGUCGCCUUUUGAUGUACCGUUUGACGAGCUGCCAAACCCAAAGCAAGUAUGGAUUGGCAAGCCAGGAAGUCGCGAAGAAGGAUUAGGGAAGCUUGCCAUCUUGACGCCAGAGGUGGUAGCCAAUGCUGCUGCCACUGAAAUCAAGACCGGCCGACGGGUGACGAUGGGCUGGGAACUGACCAAGUUGGAUUAUCCUAAUCUGAACCGUCAACCAUGCCACCAUCAGAUCAUUCCGCUUUUGGGCGGUGUGGCUUUCGACGAUGUCUAUACAAUGAAUCCUCAACAAAGUAGCCAGUGGGAUGGUCUGCGGCAUUUUUCACAGACGGUUGAGGGCCAAACUGAGCGUGUGUUCUAUGGCGGCGCAACAGUCGAGGAAAUCAAUGACCGAACGAACGAUCGGAUCGGCUUGCAGCAUUGGGCAAAAGAGGGGAUUGCUGGUCGCGGGGUAUUGAUCGAUUAUGCCACAUGGGCAGAAAAGAGGGGAAUAAGAUACAGCACAUUCUCGACACAUCAAAUCCGGCUUUCGGAUAUCAAGGAAAUUGCCAAGGAAUAUGGCAUUACUUUCCAAAAGGGCGACAUACUUUUCAUUCGCACUGGGGUGACGAAGGAAUGGGAUACAGCCAUGACAGAUGACCAGAAGCGACAAUACUCUGACAACCCGAGCCCGGAGCAUGCAGGUGUCGAGGCAACUACAGAUGUGCUGCGAUGGCUUUGGGAUACCGGAUUCGCCGCAAUUGCUGGUGAUGCAAUCAGUUGGGAGGUCUAUCCACCCCAGUCGCCUGAUGUGUUCCUGCAUGAGUAUGUGCUUGCGGGCUGGGGUAUGCCAAUCGGAGAGCUAUUUGAUCUAGAAGCGCUGUCUCAAAUUUGCCAAGACCUCCAGCGCUGGACGUUCUUUGUUGCAUCUAUCCCCCUGAACAUGCCCGGAGGGGUAUCUUCACCCCCAAACAUCAUGGCUAUAUUUUAAAGCGGAUCUACCAACAGUGCUUACGAAUUGCAGCCGAGCCAUUCACUAACGACAGCCACGGACGCCAAGAGCGGAAUACCUUUUCCGACUACCCUUCUCCCAUAUCUGCGACGAAACUGGAGAGGUGGAGAUCUUCAAUGGCUACACAUAACCGAGAUGGAAAAGAAGGAGGGACAAAAGGAAGUGGGGAAGAAGUGUAGUAAGUGCGUCUAAGUAAGCGACGAGAGAAAAUGAGAAAGCACAUACGUACCUCUGCGAACAUCGGGUGUAGUAGAGCUAUAGUCGAAAUCUGCCCACUUUCCAGGUGCCAUUGCGACCAGCGAUGCCACUAGUACAGUGCGCGGAAACUAGACCAGUCCUGUAACCAGUCGGAUUUCAAAGAAGAAACCACAGCAUACAGACGUAGAUGCCUGCUCGUGGAGUGGUUGAUCCAAGUCAGUUCGAUGAGAUAUUUGAAUCCAAG